GCUACCCCUAGUCCCUAGUAGAUUUUAGGUUAGGAAAUUGGAGUGGAUUUUUUUUAGAGCAAAGAUCAGCAAAGAUGAAUCAACCCAACCUCGAGAAAUUAGUAAAUAAAUUGAGAUACAAUGUCAAGCCACGUCGGAAAUUGCGUCAGCCCCAAGGUUCGGAGGGACGUCUUUUAAAACUCCGAAAAACUCUGACGGCAUUAAUUAAAUACGAACGACUCGAGUUGAAUUAUCCGAGAGGCGACGAAACCAGAGGUUAUGUAGAUCAAUUGAUAUUUGAAGCGAUACGCCAUGGACCUAUGCACAAGGAGACAAUGGACAUGGCAAAUUUCUGGAUAACCGAGAAACAACUGGUGCACAAACUGUUCAAAGUUCUUGUACCGAGGUAUCAAAAUUAUACCACAUCGUUUACAAAACUUCAUAAGGCGCCGAAUAUUUAUCCUAUAGGCCACUAUGAAAGGGCAAUUUUAGAACUCAAAGGUAAUAUAUACCCAACCGUAGAGCAAUAUAACCCACAUGAACGAAAUUUACUUCACAAUUUACUGCUUGAUGCAGCAAAGAAAGAAUACAGAAUGGAAAAGUAUAAGGAAAUUGCAGAUAAUAUAAAGCAAUAGAAGCAGGAGACAGAGGCUUUAAAGAAUGCUCUUGUACAGUAGGUUAAUGAUUUAAGACUUUAUUAUUAAAAUAAAUGUAUAAAAUAACAUCAUUUUUGUAUAAGAUAAAUUUUCUCCUUUUACUUUUUAUGCGCAAAAGAAUUUAAUGGAUAAUGUUCUUUGAAUUCUUCUAGAUGUUUUUCCAUUAGAUUCAUUUGUUUUCUGAAAUAUACCAAAUAUUGAAAGUGA